GGGCGUUCAUUAUCUAAUAUUACUGAAGGUACAUCAGUACAUUAAUAAUCAACUUUAAUUUAAUUUGGAGUUGUGUUGCUGGAUAUAGUAGUAAAACAAGCGCAUUGCGAGACGCUACGCAUCCCUUAGGUUACUUACGGUUGUAUCCGCGCAAUUCCUCUGUCCUUUGCAUUGAUAAAUAUGGUUUCCACAUUUUAGUGGAAUAUUGGUGCAAUCUUUUGGUUUUGUUUUCAUAAAAUCGGUCAUUUACAAUGAAUAUCACACAAUUGAAAAAUAUAUCAUUACUUCGCCCAUAUAUUUUCUAUUAUCCCAAAAGCUUUUUGGGUAAAAGGGGAUUUGCCACGCUUCCACCAAUCGAUUAUCUCCCUCCACCACCUCCAAAGGAAUUCAACGAAGAUGGCACUCCAAAGAGGUAUCGUAAUGCAUUGCCAGUCUACAACCAUAAAUAUAACUGGGAAAACUGGACUCUGAAACCAGCAGGUGUUUUUCACACCGUGUUGGUUGGAGAAUUUGGAAGACAACACAAGUCAUGGGUUGCCUAUAUUCUUCAGUUCCCCGCUCAUAUAAUGGCUAUUCCAUCAAUAUUGGUGAUAUUUACCAUAGCAUUCAUUAUCCAGAAUGCCUUCCUUAUAGGUAUUAAACCAAAACGUUAUACCAUAGAAUGGAUAAAUGCUUCAAAAGAAAGGGACCUCGCAGAAAAUACUAAUCCAAUCUCUCGCUAUCUAGAUAGACGUAGAAGUGAACGUGGUACAAAUUGGAUUCUUAAAAACUAUCUUCCAAGCCAUCCGUACUUUGUCUUCUUGGGUGACUACUACCACGAUCCAGACGUGGAAAGCCCGGAAGAAUAAGUGAUCUGAAACAAAAUAUUACUAGCUCAUGUAUGUGUAAAUUUUCAAGAGGUU